AUGCGUCUCUUCGGUUUCGUCGGUCUUUUCGUCGGCUCUCUCGCGCUCAUUCAGAGCGUUCUCGCUUCUCCUGUGGAUGGCGAGCCCGAGGUCGUCGCGGCUGCUCACUUCCCGGAGAGCAAUGCUUUUGGUCACGUCGUGAACGGUGAGCGGAACACCAUUAUCGUCAACGUCGAGAACAAGGAUGCCGAGCGCAAUGUCACACUCAAGAACGUCGCGGGCUCCAUCCACUACGCGGACUCUGGCAAGCUUCUUAAGAACUUCACCCAUUCCAACUUUGGCUUCCCCUUGCACGAGAACACUCCUCUUCAGCUUCCCUUCAUGUUUUACAGCGAGUUCAAGCCUGGUGACUAUAGGCUGAACGUGUGGGUUGAACACUCAGUCGAUGGUCAAACUUACCGCGUCAUGGCUUACGACUCAAUCGUCACGGUCGUCGAGCCCGAGUCUUCCUUCUUUGAUUUCAAGGCGCUCACGACGUACGGCAUGGUCCUUGCCAUCCUCGGCGGCGCCGGUUACUACACCUACCUUACCCUCGCGCCCCAGCCCAAGAAGCGCAAGUCCGCCGCGGCCCAGGUCAGCGCUCCCGUGGGCCCCGUCACGGCGACCGGCGCAGGCGGGUACCAGGAGGAGUGGAUUCCGGAGCACCACCUGAAGAAGACCACGCGGAAGGGCAAGUCUGGCGGUAUGACCAGUGGCGAUGAGACGAGCGGCGUUGAGAGCGGGGCCGAGGGCCGCAAACGCAAGGGCCGCAAGUAG